GGGGCACUUUUAUCAGUUUGGUAGCCGCGUAAAAGUUUUUAAAACUGAGCACCACAAAACAUUACUCUCAAGAUUGUUUUAGUCUUCGACGGGAGUUGGUUUAGACAAUUAGUUCAAGUAGAACCUAAAUUAAUACCAAAAUCAAAAUGAGUUACCCAUGGGAAAAGCGCGUCGAAUUCAUCGUCGGCCACAUGUACGAUAUUGACAACAAUGGCUUCCUGGAUAACAACGACUUCAUGUGCAUGGCCCUGCGUGCCACCGUCGUCGAGGGCAAGGGCACCAUCAACCCAGCACGCCUGAACGAAUACCGGACCAUCAUGAAGGCUCUGUGGGAUGAGAUCUCUGCCCUUGCCGAUUUAGAUCACGACGGUAAGAUCACCACCGAAGAGUUCAAGGAUGCCGUCAAAGCUACCUGCGUUGGAAAGUCCUACUCCGACUUCCCCAAGGCCAUGAAGGCAUUCAUCGAUGCCCACUACCAGAUGAUGGACAUCAACAACGACGGUCUGGUCAGCAUAGAAGAGUACCGUUAUAACUGCAUCUCCAGAAUCGCCAUGGAUGACAUCAAGAAGGUCGAUGAUUCCUACAACCAGCUCGUCAGUGACGAGGACAACAAGCGCGGUGGAAUCACCCUGCAGAGAUACCAGGAACUGUACGCCCAGUUCAUGGGUAACGAGAGCGACAAGUGCGCAGCCAUCUUCCUGUACGGCCCAAUCCCAGAAUAAGCCGUUUAAACCAACAUUCGAAGAUUCACCAUUUCAUCCCUGAGAACCACCAAAUACCAACACACCCGAACUGUGUGCUUCUGCUUGACGAAGAUUGAAACUCCAUCCUAGCUUAUUCGUCGGGCAAAGGCCGUAAAAUAACAUCACCAUCAUCAAGAACAACAACAAGAUGAAGAAUGAUGCUAGAAGUGAGAAAGAGGAAAAGAUCUAAAUCAACUUCUCGAUCAAACAACAUCCUGAGUCGAAUACUAAAACAUCCCAAUCUGACUUGAAUAAACAACAACAUCAAAGCAGAAAAACCUAUGUUAAUCGUAUGAAAAUUUUAAUAAAAAAAAUCAAACUACCAAACUCUAGCGAUCCCAACCGAUUCAGAUAACAGCCCGAAUCACGAAAGCCUCUUUCCUCAGGCGGUAGUUCAAUCGGUGAUCCUCGGACCGUACGAUCCUAACGACCAUCCCGCAGAUCGUUCGGUGAAAGCCACGUUCCAAGAAAACAUCCCACAGGAUCACGGUUGCCAUGAUUAGCAGAAUGGAACACCAACGCCUACUGCGAUUCGAAAGGUAGACGUUGGUUGAUUGACGAGUUCGCGGGUGACCACCAUCCAAGUGCGCGUUGAUCGGCUUUUUCCAAACAGCUUUAAUUUUUGCUUUCGUUUUUAUUUUUGUGUUGGAACAGCUGGAACAGCAGAUUUGCUUGCGCAAAUCGUUUUAGCCAGUUCUAUUACGAAAAGGAAACCAUUUUCGUUCAUAUUUGUACAUAAAAAACCAAGUGAGAAUCAAUAUCAACCGUUUAACUUUAAUCGUGAAACGUUCAAUUUGAGAAUGAUUUUUUUCUGGAAACAUACUAACUAUUAGCGAUUAAUGGACACAACAAUAUAUAAUGUUAAUGUUUUUUUACUGAAACUACUUUUUUCUACUCUAAUUAUUAUUGUUCAUAUAUGUUACGGUGUUUAAAAUGUUAGCUUUAAUGUUUAAGAAAUAUUUCUCGCCUCCUUCUUUGAAAGUUUGAAAAUCUGUUAUAACAUCGACAGCAUGCACACCAACAUCGUGCGAAAUUGAGGUUAUGUCAUAAUGUUCGUUUGUAAUAAUACCAUCAAGAUCAAGGAAAUAACAUCAAGCAUAUAACAAAUUAAAGAAGGUUUGUUAGUUUAUAACUAUUUAAAUAACUAGUAAUUAACUGCUAAGUGAAUGAAAAGACAGAAAAUGUUUAAAAAAUAGCUAGGUUAUGUAUUUUUAAUGUUACUCAGCGUAGGAAUCUAUCUUCGAAACAAAAAAAAAAGAAGAACCAACUGUUAUCACUUACUUUACCGUACUAUUGUAAUUUUAUGAAACUGUACUAGAACUUGCAGCAAAAGCAGUGAUUAUUUCCUGACAAAUGAAAGCUACAACCAAUGUGUAGACAACAUCUUCGGUAAUGUCAACUUUGCUACUCUUUUUUGUCUAGAAAUAACAACUCACUAGAGACAAGACGAAAACUAGUUUGACUAAAAUAACACCACAUUUAAACUAUAGAUAAACAAUUAUAGUUGCGAGGUAGUUUGUCCCAUUAGUUAUCCUUUAAUUGCGUGUGUCGUAGUGAUCCCUAUUAAGAACAACAACUAAAAAAACAACAUCUUCAAAUGGAAACAACAACAGCUGAAAUCUUUUAAACUUUACAGAGAACUCAUGAUAAGAUUUAAAUUUUAUUUUUUGUUUGAAUAAUCACUGUUUUUUCUCCACCUGGAAACCUGAAUUAUCCCAUAAAUUAAUGUAAAGAGAAACUUUGCUUAGUUGUAUGAUAAAAACUCGUCAGAAUAAUUAAUAAUAACUUAGAACCACGGGCAAAUAGCAUGAAUUAUUUAUUAUCCAAGUUCAUUUUUAAGGACGAAAAAGUAUACAUUUUAGAGAACUCCACCACCUAAUAGUGUGUAUAUGCUUUAUUCUUAAAAGUGUUCGGCCGCCCGUCUGACCCAACACCACCCGGACGCGGCCAAUGGUGCGAAAACAAAAAAGGUCAUAAUAAAUAAUUUGUCUUAUUUAUACAUUCGUAUCAAA